UGUCGCGGUAUCAAGAUGGCGUCUCAGCAGCAGCAGGCUGUUGGAUCAAUGUCUCAAGCCGGUUUACAACAAACUGCAUCAAUGCAGCAGCAGCAACAGCAGCAGCAGCUCAGUCAACAGCAAGAUUUUGAUCCAGUUCAUAGAUUUAAGAUGCUUAUUCCGCAGCUGAAGGAGAGUUUACAGAAUCUAAUGAAGAUUGCAGCAUUGAAUUUGGCUCACAAUACGUCGAUCGACAACGGCAUUAAAAGCAGCGACACCUCGGUUCAGCGUUUUGAUAAAAGCCUAGAGGAGUUUUACGCCCUUUGUGACCAAGUGGAACUGUGUUUGCGUUUGGCGUACGAGUGCCUCUCUCAGAGCAUCGACAGUGCUAAACAUUCCCCCAAUCUGGUCCCUACAGCCACCAAGCCGGAUACCGUGCAGACAGAGUCCAUGUCUUACUCCCAGUACCUCAGCAUGAUCAAGUCUCAGAUCUCCUGCGCCAAAGACAUCCAUAAUGCUUUACUGGAGUGCUCCAAGAAGAUUGCAGGAAAAGGACAACCUCAGGGCAUCUUGUAGACUCGGACUGAAUAUUCCCAUUCUUUCUUUCUUUUUUUUAUUGUAUGUCAUGGCAAGAAGAUGCUAAGCCACAUUUUUUUAACUUUUUUUUUGGGUUUGUAAAUGCUGUGUAAAUAUUCCUGACAGUUAUGCUUUGUGGUGACCAGCAGGAGGCGACAAAGCUGCAAGAACUAUUUUGUAUUAUGUUGGUAUGGACUAUAAAAGCCUUUUUUCUUAUGUCUUCUUUUAAAAACAAUUUUUGAAAAUAAAAAGAACAAAUAUUCA